UGAGAAGAAGGCAUUAGGAAUAAUACUGAAACACCUGGACAACCGCCUGCGUUUGGCUGUUACAUCUGAGUGGGCGGCAUCUUAGAAGAGAAAGUGAAACUGAACAGCAGGAGCAUCAAGGAAGCAUGAUGAAGCUAAACUGAUCAAGGUUCAGGAGAAGAACCCCAGAGGAUUGGCCAUUUUAUUUCCAUUUCAUCAACCAUUGAUGUUGGGUGGUCCUUCCCGUGGUUGACUCCAUUGUUCGGGUUAUGAUUAAAUGAGUUCAGAGCUAAGAGUCGACCUGUCAAACGGGUUGGCAUCAUUUUAAUCAAUUUCGUUCACAAACAUUCCCUUAACAAUGAUUCCAGUCAGGCUUUUAGUGCUGCUGGCUUUCAAUAUUCAUCUGGUUGGGUCUCAGGCCUCUCAGAGCUCACAGCAGGUAGCGAGUCCCCCCAGUCCCACGGCAGAACCAUCUCCUCUGGGUGAUGGUAAUCUGUCCUUCCCCUGGAGCCGUCUUCGCCUGCCAAGGUACAUUGUUCCUCUUCACUACCACCUGCUUCUGCACCCCAACCUCACAACUCUCAGCUUCACUGGCACUGUGCAGAUCCAGAUCGAUGUCCAGAACAAUACAAACUGGGUUGUUCUACACAGCAAGGGUCUUCAAAUCUCAAAGGCCACAAUUUUAGACCAGAAUCUUAAUCAUCUGUCUGAUCAGGAUCUUCCAGUUCUUCACAACCCUUCCCACGAGCAAAUAGGCAUUUUUUCUCCACGGGUUCUCAGCAGCGGCCAGAAGUAUUUCUUGUACAUAGAGUUUGAAGCAGAGCUAGCAGAGGGAUUUUACGGUUUCUAUAAAAGCACCUACAGGACCAGUAAAGGCGAGACCAGAUACCUAGCUUCCACUCACUUUGAACCCACAAGUGCUCGAAUGGCAUUUCCUUGUUUUGACGAACCGAGCUUCAAAGCCAAUUUCUCUGUGAGGAUUAUAAGGAGCCCGGAGUAUAUUUCUCUCUCCAACAUGCCAGUAAUCAAGACAGUACAACUGAAUGGUGACCUUCUUGAAGAUCAGUUCGCCCCAAGCGUAACAAUGAGCACGUACCUUGUAGCUUUCAUCGUUUGUGACUUCAAGUCUGUCAGUGCAACAACUUCGUCUGGAGUGAAGGUUUCCAUCUAUGCUGCGCCUGAGAAGUGGAUGCAAACCCACUAUGCUUUGGAGGUUGCUGUAAAAAUGCUGGAUUUCUAUGAGGAGUACUUCAACAUUCGUUAUCCUUUGCCCAAACAAGAUUUGAUUGCCAUUCCAGAUUUUCAGGUUGGUGCAAUGGAGAACUGGGGCCUGACCACCUACAGAGAGACCAGUCUUCUCUAUGAUCCUCUCACAUCCUCCAUUUCUGAUAAACUCUGGGUUACUAUGGUUAUUGGUCAUGAACUUGCCCAUCAGUGGUUUGGGAACUUGGUGACCAUGGACUGGUGGAACGAUCUCUGGUUGAAUGAAGGAUUUGCCAGAUACAUGGAGUAUAUUUCAGUGGAGGCCACCUACCCAAUUCUCAAAGUGGACGAGUAUCUACUGCACACUUGUUUUGUAGCAAUUGGUCUUGAUUCUUUAAACUCUUCUCGGCCUAUCUCGAGCCCAGCAGAGAGCCCUACUCAGAUCGAAGAAAUGUUUGACACCGUUUCCUAUGACAAGGGAGCAUGUGUCCUGCAUAUGCUGCGGCACUUCCUGACUGAGGAGGUGUUUCAGAGCGGGAUAGUGCGAUACCUUCGCAAGUUCAGCUAUGGAAAUGCCCAAAAUCAGGACCUGUGGGACAGUCUAUCUAACACAUGUUCAGAAGAUGACUUCACCUCAAGCAAACACUGUUACAGCAGUGACCAGGCCUCCAAGAAUGCAUAUCUGUUUGCAGGGGAACACCUCAACCUGACAGCCAUGAUGAACACUUGGACUUUACAGAAAGGGAUUCCUCUAGUUACUGUAACGAGGAAGGGGCCUCGACUGCUUCUUCGACAGGAUCGAUUUCUGAGGACAGUUCUUCCCUCUGAUCCUCAGUGGCAAGCUGUACAACAAGGGUUCCUUUGGCAUAUUCCUCUGACGUACAAGACUGAUAUUUCCAGCACCAUCCACAGACAUAUGAUGACUUCUCCCACAGACAGUGUACACAUUGGAGAAGAAGCCAGCUGGGUGAAAAUAAACUCAGAUAUGACCGGCUAUUACGUGGUUCAUUAUGCUGAUGAUGGUUGGGAUGUGAUGGCUAAACUACUGCGGGAAAAUCACACAGCUCUGAGCUACAAGGACAGGACUCACUUGAUACACAAUGCAUUUCAGCUGGUCACAGCGGGGCAUCUCCCACUUAAUAAAGCUUUGGACCUGAUUGGUUAUCUACAAGUCGAGAAACACACAGUGCCUCUCCUCGAAGGACUGGCUUAUCUGGAAGUUUUCUACCACAUUAUCGAGAAGAGAGAUGAGCUCACUUUAACUAAAAACCUGGAAAAGUACAUCCUGCAGUUUUUCCGUGCCGUCAUCGACCAGCAGACAUGGAGUGACAGCGGCACAGUGUCUGAGCGACGCCUGAGGUCGGAGGUCCUGUCUCUGGCUUGUCACCUGGAAUACCCGCCCUGUCUGGAGCGUGCAAACCAACAUUUCAAAGACUGGCUCCGUUCCAACGGAACAUUAAACUUACCUACAGAUGUGGCAGAGACGGUGUUCUCAGUAGGAGCUCAGGAUGACCAUGGCUGGACCUCGCUCCUAAAUACGUACAAGAUUUCCCUCUCUGAAGCCCAGAAAAAUAUGAUCCUCUUUGCUUUGGCAACGACCAAAGACACAGACAAGCUGCAAAGACUGCUGGCAAUGGGUCUGGAAGGAGAAGUGAUCCGAUCACAGGACCUGUCUCGUGUUGUUUGGAUGGUGGCCCGUAAUCCGAAGGGACAUUAUCUCGCCUGGAACUUUGUCAAACAGAACUGGGACACAUUGGUUGAAAAGUUUCAGUUAGGCUCCACCUGCAUCAGGACCAUGAUUGUUGGGACCACAGGGCAGUUUUCAUCUCCAGAGGAGCUCACUCAAGUGCAGUUGUUUUUUGAAUCCAUCAAAGAGCAGGCUUCUCAGCUGAGAGCAACACAACUUGCCUUGGAAAAUGUGCAGAAGAAUAUUCGCUGGGUUCAGAGGAACUUGGAAACACUGAGAAACUGGCUGAAUGAGCAGAUGAAAUGACAGCUAUUUGGGGAGGAAAAAAAGCAUUAAAUAUUUUGAGAAUUUUUGUAAGUGAAACCUAUAUUUUAGGUAAUGAAACAGUUUUGUAAAUGGAAAAUUGUAAAUGCCUGGAAUGAUUUUUGUUAGAGUACAAGAGUCACAUGGUAGAUGACAGGCUGUGGGUAUCAUGAACAUUUUGUUGCCAUUGUGUUUCAAAGAGAAAGCAAAGUUUAACAAUUAGACAAUAAAUGGAUUCACUACAA